AUGUGCAAACUGUCUGCCUCUCCAAAAAAAAAAGACAACGAACAUGUAGACCCCAGAGAUUUAAUUGUAGCUAUACCAUAUUUCUUUAUUGGUGAAUUUGGUACGUCCAAACAAGACCACAACACUAAUCCAUAUCGCCACUCUCACACAUCAGAUGUAGCAUGUCAUGGUCUUCUAGUGAUAUUACAACCAGACAUAUACCAAUCCAAAUUGCUUGACGAAAGUGCUUUAUAUCGAUUAAAACAGUAUAAUGACACAAAACAAAACCAAGAUAUUCAGGCUUCUGCUUCCAUAUCCUGGGAUUUUCAAACGAUUUACGGAGGUACUACCAGACAAUUGGUUAAAAUCACUUUUUGA